GGAAUAUUUACAGAUGCCACGUGAAACCUUUAAAAAGCUUUUGAUGUCAGCAGAAAAGGGGGCAGCCCGCAGAUUUCUUUCGCAUAUGCAUAGAACCUGGCCCCAGUUACAGGUUUCUCAAACAGAUGAACAAGCAAUGGAGAGCCUUGCAUCCACAUUCCUGCAAAAAUUUCCCCGGCUGACCCCAGAACUCUUUAUUGAUCUCUCCCAGUUCAUCCCCUUCAUGUCUGUCUUUGACAUCCUGAGCCUGCCAGAUUCCUUACUACUCAAUGACACAGUUUUGCUGGCUAUCCAUGACCAUGGAUCUGAAAUGAGGGCAGUUCAGAAGAGAGCUUUUGCUAAGAGACUACUUCAGGCCAAUGUGUUUGGUGAAGUACCGUCCUGGCCAGAACAUUUCUUGGAAUCUAUCCUUCCAUUGUUGCCUCACUUACCACUUUAUUACUUUCAGAAGCUUACACCUCAACAGAUAACACCACUAAUAUACAUGCUUGAAAGAAUGCGGCUGGAUUUCCCAAGAGGUCUCCAUUUUGUUAAAACUAUUCUGAAUCAGAGUAAAGAUAUCACUCUGGAAGACAUGGAGAGGCUUGGGCACCUGUCUUGCUUUGUUGCCUAUGAGGACCUGCUGAUGCUACUUUCUAUUCGACCUGUGUCUGAGCAGUUACUUACUGUACUUUUAGAAUGUCUGAACAAUGGGACCAUCAGCACCAAUGGACGGGUGGCCUAUAGUUUGGCACAAAUCCUGCAAUCAAUGGAUAUCAGAACUUUUUCCAUUCACGACUUAAUUAAAUGGAGGGUGCUUCUCCCUGAAACUGGGUUAGACAGUCUUCUCAAAGUCUCUCCUAGUAGCAUUGCAGAUGCAGUUUCUGGAUGGGAUUCUGGAAGGAUGACACCUGCUCAGGCGUAUAUGCUGCUGAAACCAAUUGUGGAACUGAGGAAUGUGACACUGAAUAAACUAUGUGAGCUACAUCCCUUGUGGUUUGGUCUGAGCCACACUUUCCUCCAAGAACUACCUCCUUCAGCACUGGAAAGGGCAUGUCCCUGUUUGAAGCAGUUUUUGUCUGAGAGUCUUCCAGUUCAGAGAGCAGCUGUUCUACAAUCUUUAGAGGCUGUGAAUGAUAAUGCUACUUACUGGGUUUCAAACUUCAAAUGUCUUAUUCCAUUUUUGCCUCUGAAGUUGCUAAUGCCAAGAAGGACUGCAAUUGUGAAGGAUAUCAACCUCUUAAAGGACCUCCCCUGGUCACAUCAGCAGGCUCAGUUCAUAUUUGGACAGCUGCAGCAAACCUCCAACUUAACCACUGGGUCACUGCUAUCAUUGGGCCGCAUUUCAGGAGGUGUGGAUUGUGACACAUUGCAACAAUGGUUCAUGCAUCCUAAGUUAUAUGACCUCAUCAGGUACAUAAAUGAGCAGCAAGGAGGACUCCGUGGAAGUUUGAGGACGUGCAUUAUUGAGAGGCUAAUGAAGCAGGGCAAAUUAAGUCAGCAAGAUGUUUCACAGCUGGGACCCGAUUUUACAAUAAGUCUACCUGUGAAACUUAUUGAAGGACUAUCCAGAGAAUCUGUUCCGAUGGUUCUUGAGCACCUCACGCGACAUUUUGAGAACUUUUUGAAUUUCAUGCCUCAUAAACAGAGAGGACUACUAGAAAAGAUUCAACUAUUCUUGGGAGUUACUCCAGGAACACAGCUCUCAGGUCCCGCUCUCAAUUUUCUUGGGCCUUUAAUUCCAUUCUUGGACAAGAGCAGUCUUUCUCACAUAGAUAGAGAUAAUGUGCUACUUCAUAUGGAUGACUUCAAGAUCUACUGUCUUCCUGAAGAAUUCAUGGCAUGGUUUAGGAAGCUUCUGAUCAAAGAGAAUAUUCUUGGAGAUCUGGCCAAUUGGAGGUAUAAGCAAGUAGAACUUCUAGGUAGACUUAUCUUCACUCUAUCUGAAGAAGACAUCUAUAGCUUGCCAAAGGCUGCCUUGACAGAGAACAUGGUAGAGAUGCUACUGACUAGUCAGAAACACUGGGAGAAAAGCCUAAUAGGUCUUGCAUGCAUUGGGAACAAUGCCACCCUGCAUAACAUGUUAAAGAAGAGGAAGCAAAGUCUGAUAGAGGCUGGAAUUUGGAAAAAUCCCAAAGGGAAGAGAGAGCCUAUUCCAACUUGCGCUGACAUCAGAGGAACAUACGCUGCAGCAUGGAGCAGUACACAGCUUGGAGGGAUGUCUGCGAGUGAGUUUGGGAACUGCUUGCCCACUCUAAGCCAGGAUAAGGAGCUCUCAGCGGACCAAUUAAAAGCAGCACUGGCAAAGGCCAAGCAGCUCUUUGGACCAGUAAGGACUUUAAACACAGUCCAUGUCCUGCAGUUGGGGCAACUAGCAACACAGUUAACUGAGAAGGAGCUGCGAGAGAUGGACAUCUCUGAACUUGGGCUUGUUGCAUUUCUGGGGCAGAUGCAGGAAUGGAGCAGCAAGCAGAUGAAAGCAAUCUUCACAAACUUUUUGCAUCGGAGUGGCAACAGAAUUUUUGCACUGGAUAUGACUGAACUCACAGCUCUGGGACAUUUUGUCUGUGGAAUGAAACCUGAUGAAAUUGAUAGGAUAAAUCCCGAAGAGUUCAGCAAGGCAGUGCUAUUCAUUGGGCAGCUGAACCUGAGGUGUAAUGAAGUACAGAUGGAAUCUAUGGCACAACUCUGCACAUCUGAGAAGGCAUUUGGGCCAGUCAGCCACUGGGGACCUGAAAUCUUCACUGAAAUUGGAACUGUUGCUGCUGGUUUACCUGACAUGGUUCUGUCUUCUCUGGUUGAACCUCAGAUUCAAGGACUCACACCUGAAGCUAUUUCUCUUAUUCCACCUAAAAAACUUGUGGUAGUCUUCAGCACAGAACAGCUGUCCAGCUUUACCCAAGCUCAGGCAGCUGCUAUUACCCCUGUACAAUAUGAACAACUGAACCCUGAGCAAAAGCAAGUCAUCACAAUGGCACAGUAUGAAGGAGAAGUCAAACUAGAACAAAGAGGUAAAAGCACGGCUGACCUACUGAAGCCAUUGCAACUCCUCGGAUCAUGUCUGACAUUUUUGUGUGUGAUAAUAUUUCUAAAGUGAGAACUAUCAUUAUUAUUUUCGUAAUGCAAACUUGUGUUUCACCAUCAUGCAAGCUGCAUCGGACAUUGUACAGUUAAAUUACUGUUUGCUAUAUAUACAAUUUAAUUAAAAAUAAUAA